GUAAAAAUAAAGAUUACAGUAACGUUUUGAAGUGUUUGUGAAGAAGAUGGUCGGCCAAACAGAGGUUGGCGUUGGUGAUUUUGUCCUUUUGGACGAAGUUACACUUGAUAAAUUUAUGCAAAAUUUACAAACUAGAUUUAAUUAUGGAAAAAUAUAUACGUACAUUGGGGAAGUAUGCGUUUCUGUGAACCCAUAUCGAACCAUGAAUAUUUAUGGACCUGAACAAAUUUCACAGUAUAAAAAUAGAGAAUUAUUUGAAAAUCCUCCUCACAUAUUUGCAAUAGCUGAUGCCGCCCAUAAAAUUAUGAAACAACGAAGUCAUGAUUCAUGCAUCGUUAUUAGUGGAGAAUCUGGUUCGGGUAAAACAGAGGCAUCGAAAAUUAUUAUGAAAUAUAUUGCUGCAGUCACUAAUUUAGGAGGACAAAGUGAUAUUGAACGCGUAAAAAAUGUUUUAAUCCAAUCCAAUGCAAUUUUAGAAGCAUUUGGAAAUGCGAAAACAAAUCGAAACGAUAAUUCAUCUAGAUUUGGUAAAUAUAUGGAUAUACAUUUUGAUUUUAAAGGUGAUCCUAUUGGUGGACAUAUUAAUAAUUAUUUAUUAGAAAAAUCCAGAGUUAUUUUACAACAACCUGGUGAACGAAAUUUUCAUAGUUUUUAUCAGUUAUUAAGUGGAGGUAGUGAAGCCGAUUUAAAGAAAUACAAUUUAAUACGUGAUCCACAAUUAUAUUUCUAUACAAAACAAGGUAACGCAUUUAAAGUAAAUGCCAUCAGUGAUCGCACCGAUUAUAAACAAGUCAAUAGUGCCUUUAAAAUACUUGAUUUCCAACCAAAUGAGAUUGAAGCGGUGUGGCAGAUAGUUGCAGCAGUUUUACAUCUAGGAAAUGUUGAAUUUACAUUAAAUGAAGAAAAAAUUCAAAUCAAAAACAAAAAUCUUGUGCAACAUAUCUCACAACUAUUGAAUGUAACAGAAAAUGAUUUAACCAAAGCAUUAACGGAACGUGUGAUUGCUGCACGUGGGGAUGUAAUGCGUAAAACGCAUACACUAACAGAAGCUGAAUAUGGACGUGAUGCAUUAGGCAAGGCAAUCUAUGAUCGUUUAUUCACUUGGAUUGUUGGUAAAAUUAAUGAUGCCAUUGCUGUACAAGAACAUAGUAAACAAUAUAAAAGUAGCGUGAUUGGUGUAUUGGAUAUUUAUGGUUUUGAAAUAUUUGAUAAUAAUAGUUUUGAACAGUUUUGUAUUAAUUAUUGCAAUGAAAAAUUACAACAAUUGUUUAUUGAAUUGGUAUUAAAGCAAGAACAAGAUGAAUACGAACGUGAAGGUAUCGAAUGGACACACAUAGAAUAUUUUAAUAAUCAAGUAAUAUGUGACUUAGUGGAAGAACAGCAUAAAGGUGUACUCGCUAUAAUGGAUGAAGCAUGUUUAAAUGUUGGAAAAAUUACUGAUGAAAUGUUAUUAGAAGCAAUGGAUCGUAAAUUAGCAAAUCAUCCACAUUAUACAUCACGUCAAUUAAAACCCAUGGAAAAACAGUUAAAACAUAAAGAAGAUUUUCGAAUUACGCAUUACGCAGGCGAUGUUGUAUACGGUAUUAAUGGUUUUCUUGAGAAAAAUAAGGAUACUCUAUUCCAAGAUUUUAAACGAUUGUUGUAUAAUUCGAAUAAUUCCACAGUAAAAUCUAUGUGGCCUGAUGGUGCACUGGAUAUAACUCAGACUACAAAACGUCCUCAAACAGCUGGCUCACUGUUUAGAAAUUCAAUGAAUGCUCUAGUGAAAAAUUUAACUAGUAAAGAACCAUUUUAUGUGCGUUGUAUUAAACCUAAUGAAGUGAAAUCGGCAACAUUAUUUGAUGACGAACGUGUUCGACAUCAAGUAUCGUAUCUUGGUUUGGUGGAGAAUGUUCGAGUACGACGUGCUGGUUUUGUUUAUCGUCAACGUUACGAUCGAUUUUUAAAACGGUACAAAAUGAUUUCUCAAUUCACUUGGCCAAAUUUCCAUGGUGGUUCCGAUAAAGAAGGCGUAAGCGUUCUUCUACAAGAACAUGGUUUUCGUAACGACGUAAAGUUUGGUAAAACAAAAGUAUUCAUUCGAUCUCCACGUACACUAUUCGCCUUAGAGAAAAAACGUAACGAUCUAAUACCAGGCAUUGUAAAUUUGUUACAAAAGCAAUGGCGGGGUUAUUUAGCACGACAACAAUAUAAAAAAAUGAAAGCGGCGUUAGCAAUAAUGCAAUACUAUCGUCAAUAUAAAUUACGUAUUUUCAUUAAUCAAUUACAUACGAAAUUUAAGAAUGCCAAAAAAUUGCCCGAUUAUGGUAAGAGUAUAAAAUGGCCAGCACCAUCCUUUGCCAUAAAACCAGCAAUUCCACACUUAAAAAAUAUAUACAAAAAAUGGCGAGCUGAAAUGAUAUUAAGUAAGAUUCCAGUUGAAGAACGACCACAAUUACGAUUAAAAAUCACAGCGGCAUCUGCAUUGAAAAAUAAACGCUUGCAAUGGGGCCAAGCACGUAAAUGGGAAGGAGAUUAUUUAUCGCGAUCAAGUGAAAAUCCUACCGCCAGUAUUUAUAUUGCUAGUGUUAAUAAUAUGAAAAAUACUGAACACUUUAAACAAAUUUUAUUUUCAUCGUUUAUUAAAAAAUUCAAUAAGUUCAAUAAAUGUGCGGAUCGAUCGAUUUUAAUCACAGAUGAAACGAUUUAUAAACUUGAUAAUUUAAAAUUUAAAAGUAUGAAAGCAGGAAUUAAAAUUGCGGAUCUUACUAAUAUUAGUGUUAGCCCAGGACAAGAUCAAUUAAUUAUUAUUCAAACAAAUCAUGGUAAUGAUUUAGUUAUGUCCUUACAUUCGGACACACACGAAGAUCGUAUCGGAGAAAUUAUUGGUGUUUUAUGUAAUCGAUAUUAUCAGUUAAAACAAACGGAUUUAAAUGUAACUGUAAACAGUAAUUUACAAUGUGUUCUGGGUAAAAAGAGUCGUCCAUUAAAAGUAAAAGUAACACCAGAGACACAAUUUGCAAAUUUCAAAAAUGAAAGCGGAACAAUUAUAUAUAUGCUACCAACGUCCUAUGCUGUGAUAGAUUCAACAAAUAAUGAUAAUAAUUUAAUUAAAUCGUACUAGAUAAUACUAAUGAAGUAUUUACUAUACAUGGUAUAGACUCGAUUCAUCAGAUUAUAAACCAUUUCAGAUCAUUCAUUUAUAGUAACAUGUAUUUUAAGAUAAAUCCGUGAUUAAUUAAAGAAAUCUUGAUUAAUAUUUUUUUAAACCUAAUAUUUUAUGGCGCGGAUAAUAAAACUAUACCCAGAUGAACGAGUCAGUGUUUUCGUUUAAUAAAUACAUUUAAAUGGAAAAAA